ACAAGAUUUUUAAAGAAGAAGAAGAAGCAGGCAAGUGAGCCUUUAGUGGUUGGAAGAAGGAAGCAUUCUUUGAAAGGAUCAAUCAAUAACGCAGAGAAAAUAUCCUUUUCAUUUGUAUUUUGGAAAUAAAUAUAAAUUGUGAAAAAGCAAACGUUUAAUAAUGGCACGGCAUGACGAAAACGGGCCCGAAUUUGGUAAGAUUUCGAAUGAUCGUUUAAUCCAAUUGGUACGUUCAAAUCCUGCAAUCUAUGAUGUUAUGCAUCCGCAUUAUCGUCGAACUCCUGUCCGUAUGGCAAUAUGGGAUAGCAUAGCCAAGGAAUUGGGAGCACCAUCCCGCUUUCUACAGACAAAAUGGAAGAACAUACGUUACAAUUAUCUGCAGGAACAAAAGUGUUUGGAAACAGGAACGUUCAAUACAAACAUACGCAAGAGAAGAUUUACCGAAGAUUUGUCUUUUUUGAAAUAUACAGCAUUUCGUAGAGAUGGCCAAAAUGCUGCGAAUGCAUCAACGGAAUAUAAAAUUACGCCUGACACGGACUCCAACAGCUAUAUGUACCCGGAUAAUCUGUCGACAACGGUUUCGAGUACAUACGAAGUAAUUGAAUUGGAUCAAAGUGACGACGAUGAUGGCAAUCAUGAAUAUAUGCCGGAUGUGUCGGCUUUCUUGGCACCCAUGCACGAUAUUACCGAUCCCGAGGAUCCCUAUGCUCGGCCAGAUAACGCCGAAGAUUCCAAAAAUAACAUACGCAAUAGUCCAACAACAACUACACAUAGUAAUAAUGAUGAUUUUAAAAUGACGAUAACCCCUGAUAUGCCAGUACACGAAAGACGAAGUCCGAAUGCUGUAAAAAGAGGAACACCAGAUUCACAUGGUUCAUCGCCGCUGCUGACACCCAUGAACGAUGAGAAUAGUAAUGGAAAAAUUAAAAUUACAAAAUUAUGCAAUGGCGGAGGUACGGCAUCGCUAUCUGAAGUUACCAUACAACCACUGUCAUCAUCUACGACGACGAGUUCGUCGGGCCCCAACUCCUCGUUGGCGCUAAAGAAACGACGGCCAUCCUCAACCAGACCAGAUGAAUUGGUAUAUAAUGUGGCCAAACGUAGACCCGGACCUGGACCAUCCCAAUCCAUAAAUGAUCCCAUUGACAUGUAUUGCCUUUCGCUGGCAGAUUGUCUUCGUGCCAUGUCACGUUCGGAGAGGGAAAGGGUUAAAUUUGAAUUCUCCAAAAUUCUCAAAGAUGCCCAUUACGUUGACCAGUCGUAAAACUAUGCCAUCGAAUUUUGUUUUACAACACAAUUUUAAAACAGUAUUUUCCCACUAAUUGUAACGACCUAACUUAAGGAUUCCCCAGUUUUUUUUUGUAAUGUAGCAGCAUUCAUUUUACUUGUAGCAAGUAGGUAUACUUUUUGUAUAAUAAUUCAAGCUGAAACAUGUAACAAUUUUUGUUUGUUUGUUUCAUGUGAAACAGAAUUAUGUUGCUUUUUUAAAACAACAGCACUAUGGACAUACCAGUAAUUAAUUACUUUCAUAAUUUAUAUUUAUUGAUUACACAUUAAGAUUAACACACACACACCUUACCUAUACAAAUAUGUAAGAAACACAAUUGCCGAUAAUUAUAGCCAUAGUUUAAGUGUACAAAAACAAACGGAUAAAUUAAUUUACAUUAAUAAAUUUUAUUUUCUUAAAAAUAGUUCCAAA